GGGGAAAGGUAGAGGGGAGAGGUGACUGGAUCUACCGAGUGAAGCCUGUCACAAUUGCUUCUCAAGUGCAUGCGAGUGCAUGCGAGACGAUAGAAUGAUGGACGCGUGCCAGGAUUGUUUAUUGUCGCCGUCGCCAUUGAGAGUGGCUGUGCUCUGAUCAACUAGUGCAUCGCGCAACAACAUGAACAACAAGAUGCACGCCUUCGUGAACGAACGUACGCGACGCCGGGACUGGCAUUGAUACAAGCGCGCUCUCUCUGCGCCGCGCCGUGCCGCGGAUCCACGAUCCACCUCGUACAUGUCAGUGUAUUGAGCCAAGAUGGCAGCCACGUUAACCGUCGAGCAGGAGCAAGCUACAAAGGAAUUUAUAGAAGCUGUGAAUAAGUGCAGAGCUGGAAGACGAGCUGGGCCAGUAUCCUGGAGCACAGCGUUAAAAUUUUUAGCGGCGCGAAAGUUUGAGGUUCAACGAGCUUUAGCUCUGUAUGAGCAGCAUGAAGCCAUUAGAAGAAGAGAAGGAUUGGCAAUCUUGCAUCCUACUCAGGAACCUUUACUCAGUGAACUACGCACAGAAAAAUUUACCGUUCUGCCAUCUAGAGAUGUAACAGGUGCAGCGAUAGCUAUUUUUACCGCACAUUUACAUCUUCCACAAAAUACUACACAUCAAACGACUCUGCAAGGUGUUGUAUAUCAAUUAGAUGCUGCUUUAGAAAGUGCAGAAACACAGAAGCAUGGUCUAAUUUUUAUUUAUGACAUGUCUGACAGCAAGUAUCAGAAUUUUGACUAUGACUUGUCCCAGAAAAUUUUAACACUUUUGAAGGGUGGUUAUCCAGCAAAAUUAAAAAAGGUCUUGAUCGUGACGGCACCGUUGUGGUUUAAAGCACCUUUCAAGAUCCUCCGAUUAUUCGUUCGUGAAAAAUUGAGGGACCGAGUGUUCACAGUAUCCAUUCCUCAAUUGACAUUGCAUAUUCCACGAGAAUCAUUACCACUUCGUUUAGGCGGCACAUUGGAGAUACAACAUGAAGCAUGGCUACUUCAUUGUCUUAAAUCCAUGACUAACCGAGGCGGGGGUGAACUUUGUGAGGUCGCCCCAAGAGUAGACACACCCACGUCGCCCACGGCGAAAGAUGAUCAAACGGUUCAUCAAAAUCUUAAUGAAACUGCAACUGCACACAGUACUCCGACUAGUCCUAUAAUUAAUAAAAACAAACAGGCGAAAAAUGGUGUGUCGAAUAUUGCCGACAUCGAAAUCACCACUACAAAUAGUGAGAUAGCUUGGUCGGGAAUCGAUGAGGCGCCAUCCCCAGUUCAGGCUCCAUCCUCAGCUAGUUCCGGCUUUAGCGAUGAUGAUAGCCUUCACGGCGAGCCUUCCGGGUUUCAAAGUUUUACUAUGGAACAACUUGUAGCAGAUCUAAAAGCGCGAGGACGUCGUGGUCUCAUAAAGGAAUAUGAUGAAAUUAAGCAGAGACCGCCGGAUGGUUCAUUUAAUAAUGCAAAAUUAAAGUCUAAUCAAUCAAAGAAUCGUUACACCGACGUGCUUUGUUAUGAUCAUAGUAGAGUCUGCCUUUCGCAAGUGGAUGGGGAUGCAACAUCCGAUUACAUAAACGCAAAUUUCGUCGACGGUUACAAGCAAAAGAACGCGUUUAUCAGUACUCAGGGUCCUCUUCCAAAAACUUGCGGUGAUUUCUGGAGGAUGGUUUGGGAACAACAAACACUGGUCAUUGUUAUGACUACCAGAGUGAUAGAGAGAGGGCGUACAAAGUGUACACAGUACUGGAAUCCGGAACCGGGUUAUGAUAAUAAAGUGGAUGGCUUUACAAUAACCACUCUCAAAGUUGAUAAAAAUCGAGAUUACACAAUAUCCAUGCUUCUUAUUACAAACACAAAGACUGAUGAGACAAGAGAGGUUUGUCAUAUGCUCUAUACAGCAUGGCCAGAUUAUGGUGUUCCUAAGUCGGCUUCAGCUUUAUUGCAGUUCUUGUCUUUGGUAAGACAGCAACAAAACAAAUUACUCGCCAACAGAGGAGAUACAUGGGCCGGACAUCCUCGAGGACCACCUAUAGUUGUACAUUGUAGUGCUGGCAUUGGAAGAACAGGUACAUUUUGCACCCUGGACAUUUGCAUAUCGCGACUUGAGGAUACUGGAACUGUGGACAUACGAGGAACUGUUGAAAAGAUCAGAUCACAGAGGGCCUACAGUAUUCAAAUGCCAGAUCAGUACUUCUUUUGCCAUGUUGCUCUAGUGGAAUAUGCGUGUUCUAAAGGACUGCUUAGCGUACAAAAUAUCUCUGUGCUCUCUCCGUCAAUCGAAGAGGAUUCCGAUUAAAAAAAUGAGAGUUUUGCUAUCAUAUAUCGGAUUGAUGUUCUUCCCAAAUAUGCGUAUAUAUGGUAUCCUUAAAAUAGCCUAUUUCUAUCUUAUAAACGACUGAAAGUUAUUUUUUGCUAUUAUUCCCAUUGAUGUAACAAUUCAACUUCUCGCUGUUACAUCUCACUUCUUACGAAAUUGGAUGGAUUCUUUUUCUCAAAAUCAAAUGUGAGCAAACAGGAAACUUCAUAUUCUUGUUCCUUUCGUCGGGCUCUGAUGAAUACUGUGUAAUUCUAUACAAAGGUGCAUCAAAAAGCACUAAUUACAAAGAUAAGUAUUUUAUUAGUAAAAUAAGAAUCUGGCAUGCAAACAAUUCUAUGUAUCGUAUCUUGACUCUCUCAGAUAUAAAUUAUCAUGAGAAUAUAAAGUUAUUACUAAUCUUUCAAAAUUUAUUUGGACAUAUAUUAAAAUGAAUGUUGAAUCAGACAAUGAAGAGAAUAUCUAUUAUUAUAAUUGUAGUGUGUGUCAUGCAAUUUUAGUGUUAUAAUAUAUAAUUUAGUACACUGGUAACUAAAUGUGCAUUAAUCACAAUAUUAUAUCAAUUUGUGUUCCUACAACAAUUGUGCAUAAGUCCAAUUUAUAUUCAUUAUUUAUACUUUAUUCGUAUACUUUAUUUAUAUACUUUUAUUCAUAUUUUGACAAAGUUAAUACACUUGAUACAAAUACAGUUGAAUUAAAGUGUUUGGUGUGUACUAUUUUGGUUAAAAAAAGUGUAUGGUAUAAAUUAGACCAUAGGAAUAUUAUUGCGACAUUACGCAUAAGUUUAUUUGAGAGAGUUAAAUUCGGUCGUGUAAAAGAAACUGAGAGACAGAAUUUUAAAAAUUUAUGAAAAAUAUAAAUGUGGUUACAUAUAUAUUAUAUAUAUAAAAUAUAGUUCACACACAAUUAUGACAAUGUGGUUUAACAGUGGCCAAAAUUAGCCACUAUUAUUCAAAAUUACGAGAUUUAGACGUAUUAUUAAUAAUAACAUACGGCUUCUCUGCCUUACAGAAAUAUAGAUUACACUAGAAAAUAAACAACAUACUAUUAGAUGUUUUUGGGUAACCAAAGAUUAUCUGCUACAACUUUUUGCAAGUGUAGAAAACCGAAAUUUUAAUACGUAUGUAAAAAGAACUUUGGUUAUAUAUAUACAAUCGCGCGGAAAAAUUCCGUUUUACAGGGAUUACUAAUCAGGGAUCAUAUUGUAGAUUAAAUAGUUUCCGACGCGACUAAAAGAAAGCCUAAAAAAUUCAAGGCUUUAAAAGUUAAGAUUUUAUGUUAGUCGAAUAAACUUCCUGUUCAUCUGAUAACUAAUAUAUAUUAUAUGUUUCAUUAUGAAAUUAUGAUCAAAGAUCUACUAAGAUAUAUUUGCGAGUAUCAAACUUUAAUGACAUUUUAAGAUCUAGAUAUAAAUUAUAAUCUCAAUAUUCAACACGCAAUGAUUAUGCAAAAAUUUUAUCUUCAACAGAUACUAUAACAUAAUGAUGAGAAAGAAUGCAAUUAAAUACGAAAAUAUGUAGGCUCGUUAUAUAUAAUAGAUGAAACUUACGCGAUGUUUAAACACAUCAUUGAUUUUAUACAUAAUUGUGAAACAAGUAAUAUAUCUUCAAAUUGUAAAGAUGUCUCAUUUUCAUGACAUUGCGCGAUGUGUAUCUUUCGUUCUAUACGAUAUUUAUUCUAGUAAAAACAUUAAACUAGGAAACAUUAAAAUAAUGAAUUUCGAAUAAUAGUGCUUUUGAUAUCUCUUUAUUGUUGUCUUACGCUUUUUGAUUUUGUUAUUACAUCUGCUAAGAACUUGGGUAUUAUGUAAUCUUGGAUAUAUGUUAAAACUCUCUGUGUCCGAACUGUCUUAUGUCCAAUAAGUACUCGAAUCAUUUAUCCAUUGAUUGUAUACGAAAUCUGAUGCAAGGAAACUAUGAUAUGUGUGAGACGAAUCGUUUCCUGCACACACUGAUCACUCGGUGUCUUGUGGAUUACAAAUUUUAUCGUGAGUUAUUAUGGUAUUAAUAUCGUGAAGCAUUGUGAUAGUCGAUAGAAGUAUCUGAGAAUUUGUAUUUCUAUUCUUCCAAGUACUGCCAUUGCCAAUUACGCUAAUUUCUAUUUUUAAUCAUGCUAAAUAGUUAAAUUUUUUGCGAUGCAAUCAUACAAAUGCGCGCGCGAGCGUGCGCGUGUGUAUGUGGGUGUGUUAUAUAUAUAUAUAUAUAUAUAUAUAUAUAUAUAUAUAUAUAUAACAUACAUACACUAACUGAUAUAUAAUAAUUUAUUAACAUUGAAUUAGGACACGAUGUAUGUAAUAAAGCAACGGCGGAAUAUACUUUGCUGGAAAAGAUAUACAUUUCAUGCAUAUACAGAGGUGUCCAAAUUCUCAUCUUAGCACAUUAUUGCGAAAAAAUUGAAUGAAAAUUUUCGCUAUAGUGUUUUGUUAAAGACGAAUUUUCCAACAUUCUGUGAAAAACUGUUUCGCAGAAAAUUUUAUUUUAGCAGAAUGAUAACUAGCCAGAGUUGUUAAAAAAAAUGUCUUCGAAUUUUAUACGAGAUGUAUGUGCUGUUGUACCACAACAAAAAGAAAAGCUUAGUCACGUUUAAAUAAGUUAUCGAAAUUUCAACUUAAUAUAUACAUAUAUAUGCACACAAAAUAUGUAUGUAUGUAUAAUGUAUGUAUUAUAUUCAUGCACGCAUAUUUAGAGUAACACGUGUGUAUAUAUAUAUACACACGUGUGUGUUCCUUUUACCCUUAGGUUACCUACAAAGGGCAUGUUAUCGAUAUUAACUAUCGUUUACUGCGUUAUUACGUUUACGUAUUUUAUCUAUUUCAUUAUCUCCUUUUCUAUUGUCUAGUUAUUUAUUGUAUUGAUUGGCUUAUCGACGGUCCAUGUGAUGUAUAUAUACGCACAUGUGUUAUCAUGGAUUUUUCGCAAAAUCUAUCGCUCUUUAUAGUGGUAUCUUAUAUUUAGCGAUCCUUUUUUUGUACUGCGGAAAAAUAAAUAUUUAAUUUGACGAUUUAGAUUGUCUCGAUUAAGUUUGAAUGUAAAGUGCGAUUUUAUUAUCAUUUUCUGUAGUGCGCCUUUUUUCAUGAUACACAUCAUAAUGUUUAAUGAUGAAUUAUUAAGCACUCGUCAAUAAAGAUCAUCGGAGCGGGUACCAAAGUUUUCCGUAAGACUUGUGGAGAGAAUAAUUAAUUACAGAGAUAUUAACAAGUAUAUAAUUGUACCGAAUAAUAGAUAUGAUUGAGCGUGUCACACUACAUAUGUGAUGAAUUUUGAAACUGAUAGAUGAUUUAAAAUUAUCGAUUCAACAGUAUUAUAAGCCUUAAACAUUUUUUUUUUUUUUUUUAAUCGAUUUUGCUAAUUAUUGCAAUAACUCGGAUAGUUUGGGCAUUUACCGUUCAUUUUUAAAAUUUUUGACGUAAUGAUGUUUGAAUUGACAUUAUGAUAAUUUAAACACAUGAUGAAAUCUAAAUUAAAAUUUAUCGGAGAAAAGAAAUAUUAUAGAAAACAGACAUUAUAUAUAUACGUUAUAUAUAUACACUCUUUUACAUAUAUAUACAUAUAUGUAAAAGAUAAAUACAAAAUGAACUGUAAGUGCCAAACUCUUUUUCUUUUAAUAAAUUUUUUAAAUAGCGAGCAACUUUUUUACGAAUUUAUGUCAUCGUUGUUAAGUCUUGCAAUUUCGAUUAUUUUGCACUCGCUAUGUAUUUGUAGAUCUUUAAAAUUUCAUUACCGAUACACAUCUCUAUAUCGAAAUAUAUCAACGGACAGAAUUGAAUAUUGAGUGUUGUACGCGCGAUAGACGCCCAUUUUUGUAUAAUUAAUGCGAGAUUGUGUGUGAGACAAGUGAUGCACAAAGCGAAAAAAGCUACAAUAGAAGAAAUAACUAAUGUUUUGUGUGUAUAUUUGAUGCAUCUCGAACCCGUGUCAUAAUAAUUAAGAUUCAUAAAGAUAAAAAAAAAAUUGUUAAAAUAUUACGAAAAUGGAAGAAGUCAAGCAAAGAGAAAGAGAGAGAAAAAGGACAAAAGAAAAAAUGUAUAUAUAGAAAUGAUAUGACUUUAAAUUACUAUAUCGCACAUGAUUGUAUCUAAUUAAUAAUUAUUUAAUAUAUUGCAGAUAUAAAUGGUACAAAA